AAUGAAUAAGAAAAUGAAACAUUCGGGAUCUAUUACAUCUAGAAUACAUGAAUCGAGUUUGAUGGACUCAAUUUUAGAUUCAACUACUGCAAGAUAACCUCAUUCUCUAUGUGAAGAUUCAAUUGCCUUCAUUUUGAUGGCCUAGAGUGCCAAUGACCAUAUAAGAAUAAUAAGAGUAUCAUCGUAUAAUUUAAACAGAGGAAAUUAUUCAAUCCACCAAAGAAACGAGAAAUAGACUUCGUCAAGGCAUCCAAGAUUUGAGAUUGAGUCUAAACAAUCUGGAACACUCUCAAUAAAGAGACAUUCUCAAUACUGAAUAUGAAUUAACAGUCAAUAUCAAUAAGUUGAAAUCUGUAACAUUGAUUAAUAUUCCUCAAGACCCUAUUUUAUCAUAUUUAGGAUUAAAGAGAGCAGAAUAAUCAGUUUGAUUAAUAGAUAGGUUCCUUACAAUAAGAUUGCGAUGACAUUGAAUAUCAAAGUAACAAGUUGGAUCAGAAAUUAUUAUACAUGUGUAGUAAAACAGGAUAAUAUUAAUAUGUUGAUUAUGAUAACUAUAUUCAAUGA